CGGUUGCAGUACGCAUCGGGUGCGUUGCUUCACACCGCGAUGGUGCAGGCUGCCCUGGGGCGUCGCCGAACGCGUACGACGGUGCUUGGUCGGCUGGCCGUGGGCGUCGCUGUGCUCGGCCUGACACCGCCGCUGGGCGCAUCUGAAGUUUUCACAGCUUGGGGAAGGCCUCAGCUGCGGCCGACUUUGCCAACUUUGCGAAGUUCCGUCCCCGGUCUCCGAGCAACCGCGGCGAGCGGAUACAGCGAGUCCAAUCGAACACCGCAGGUUCUCUUGGAGGACGCCUUGAAACUCCUCAGAGAGGUUGCCGAUGUGGCCACUAGCACUGGGAUGGAGACUGGCUUGCGUCGAGGGCUCCAGGCUGCGCAGGCUGCGGCCGCCACGGCAGCAGAGGUGGCCCAACAGCCGACAGAACUGGAUGAAGCCUUCGUCGCCAAAGUGCUGCGAAAACUCUUCGAGAAACUUGGAUCCACCUACAUCAAGCUGGGCCAAUUCAUUGCAUCCUCGCCCACGGUCUUCCCUGCGGAGUAUGUCAAGGAGUUCCAAGCCUGCCUGGAUUCCACCAGCACGGUGUCCUUUGUGGAGGUGAAGCGCACUGUAGAGCGCGAGUUAGGCCGCCCACUGCGCAGUGUUUUUGCCUUUGUGGAUCCUACACCCUUGGCCUCAGCCUCCAUCGCGCAAGUGCAUGCGGGGCGCCUGUUGGAUGGGACCGAAGUGGUCAUUAAGGUGCAGAAGCCAGGUAUUGAGGAUGUCUUGAAGACGGACCUAGGUGUGGUGUACCUCGCUUCACGCAUCUUGGAGUUCAUCAAUCCCGACCUCAAUAUCCGGGGGUCCCUGGCGGACAUCGCCUCGGAUCUCCGGGAGUCGAUGCUGGGGGAGUUGGACUUCCGGGAGGAGCAACGUAACCUUGAAGUCUAUCGCGACUUCCUCACCGGCAACGGCUUGGACCAGAUUGCAGUUGCUCCAAAGCCUUUCCCAGAUGCCUCGGCCAAGCGGGUUUUGACCAUGGAACGCCUCAGUGGAGUGCCGCUGACGGAUUUAGAUGCCAUCAAGCGCUACAGCAGUGACCCGGAACAGACCCUGGUGAAUGCGCUGAAUGUCUGGGCCUUGUCUGUACAGAAGUGCGAAUUCUUUCAUGCGGACGUCCAUGCUGGGAACCUCCUGGUGCUUGAGGACGGACGGGUGGGUUUCAUCGACUUUGGCAUUGUAGGUCGAUUAAGCCCCCAGAUGGCCACUGGCAUUGACAAGCUGAAUGCAGCGCUGGCCGACAGCGAUGCCCGCGGCAUGGCCAAUGCCUUGAUCUCCAUGGGGGCCACCAUUGGACAGGUGGAUGAAGAUGCCUUCGCGGCAGAUAUUGAGCAGCUGAUCUCUCGCUUAGGAGGAUCCCUGGAGAAUGCUACGGAUGCCACCGUGGACGAGUCGCAGAUUCAGGACAUCGUUUUGGACAUCGCACAGGUGGCGGGGAACAAUGGCCUGAAGCUGCCGCGGGAAUUUGGGCUCCUCAUUAAGCAGUCCUUGUACUUCGACCGGUACACCAAGCUGUUGGCUCCGGAGCUGAACAUGAUGUCCGAUGACCGGAUCUCCAACUUUGGAGCCGCCGAAACUGUGCCUGCUGAGGCUCAAGCUGCCCCUCCUUUGCAGGAUGCUGGUGCCACCGACGAGCGCAAAGCGGCAUCUCCUUCGUGGGUGGCUCCCAUCGCACAAUUCGUGGAUGAGCGCUGCAUUAUCUUCGAGGAUGAGGAAGAGAACAAGCUGGAGUACACCGAGUGUCACAACGAAUACAAGGAACUCAUAGAUAGCAGCUUCGCUGCACAUCUGCUGGAGAUCGAUGUCACUGGAGAGCAGUUCGAGCAGUUUUGCCAGCGAGGCUUAUCCACCAAUCCCACAUUGCACCGGGUCCUGGUGGAGCAAAUUCUGAGCGCGGAUGACUUUCUGAUCUUCAAGGCGAUGAUGACGAAGCGAAAUGCCGAUCUCUACCGGGAGGCUCAAAGGCGUGUGGAUGCCGGUCACACUGAGGACGACUUCUAUGAGACAAUGAUUGAAGAGGAGGAGGACCUGGGACUGGCUGGGGUUGGUUCUGCCGUGGCGGACGAGUGGAAGAUGUAUGAGGAACAGCUUUUUCAGGCACUGGACGAGUCUCAGAAAGCGGAUGACCAGUUGGCCCGAGAGAGGCAGAGAGAAGAGGAGGAGAUGGAACGUGCCAUUGCGCUGUCGUUGCAGGCCGAAGAGGAGCGACAACGAGAGGAUUUCGAGGACGUGGCUGCCGCUUCAUCGGAGCCCUCUGCACCCUCGGCACCAUCGGUGCCUGCGGUGGCAGUAGAGGAGGAACUGGCUCCUCCACCCGCCCCGGCCGAAGCGGCGGCGGCGGCGGAUGCGCCGGCCGCGUCGGCUGCGUCGGCGGCGUCGGGGGGGUUGCCUCCCUUGAAACCUUCGUCGCUGGGACCGUUGAGGCCAGUGCUUCCGAGGGUGAUGAGAGUUGCGCCCAUGAACUCCCGCCCCGGGACCGCAGCUUCCGUUUCGCCGGAGGCCGCAGCUCCGCCGCCACCCCCGGCGGACACGGACGCCGACGUCGUGGCGGGGUCGGAGGUGGCGCCGCCGCCUCCGCCACCGCAACCGAGUGAGGAGGAACGACAAGCGCGUUUCGAGCAUUUGCAGAGGCAAAGGCAGCUGCUUGUAGAGAAGCGCAACAAGGACCGCCAAAGGCAGCUGGAAAAAUCGGAGAUGACGAAGUCUCCAAACAGAAGAGCAGCCGAUCAGGCUCCCUCCUCCCACGGAGCAGCCUCUGGGCCGAGCCUUGUGCGUGAGCUCACGGGUGGCACUGGAGGGACAGGGGGCACCGAUGCCAACACCGCAACAGCUGCGCAGCAGAUGAGACAGGUCUUAGCCUCCCAGCUGAAACAAACUCGGAGGGGUGUGUGAGAGCUCAACUCGGCCGCCGAGCCUGGCACGUGCUGGGUAUACUUCGUUUGUCUCACUGCUGUCAUUUUGGCACAUGGGGUGGUGAAAAAGAAUGAGGG